AGAGAAACUUCUUUUUUUUUUUAUCCUGAGAGGACGCCCAAAGGAGAAGACUUGGAUUUGCCAUGAGCUCUGCCGUCGCGGGCCCUGAGCAUCCUGACCCCUUGAGAGGAGAUGGUGUGCUCACCUUCCAUGAUGAUGGCCGAGGCAGGAAGAAGGCUGGCCACCCCGGGAGUCCCAGCAGCAGCCCUCUGGCCUAUCACAUCCUGGACAUUCCACCAUGGUAUCUCUGCAUCAUCAUGGGGGUCCAGCACUUCCUCACGGCCCUGGGGGGACUCGUGGCAGUGCCGCUCAUCCUGGCCAAGGACCUGUGUCUGCAGCACGACCCCCUCACCCAGAGCUACCUCAUCAGCACCAUGUUCUUCGUCUCUGGCAUCUGCACUCUCCUGCAAGUGUUUCUUGGAGUCAGGCUACCCAUUCUCCAGGGAGGGACGUUUAGUUUUCUGGCACCCUCCCUGGCCAUGCUCUCCCUUCCUGCCUGGAAGUGUCCCGAGUGGACACUCAAUGCCAGCCAGGUGAACACCAGCUCCCCUGAAUUCACCGAGGAGUGGCAGAAGAGGAUCCGAGAGUUGCAGGGAGUCAUCAUGGUCGCCUCCUGUUUCCAGAUGCUCGUGGGCUUCUCGGGACUCAUAGGCUACCUCAUGCGCUUCAUUGGCCCCUUGACCAUUGCUCCGACCAUCUCCCUGGUGGCCCUGCCUCUCUUCGAUUCUGCGGGCAAUGACGCUGGGGUCCACUGGGGGAUCUCUGCCAUGACCAUCUUUCUCAUCGUGCUGUUUUCUCAAUACCUGAAAAACAUCGCAGUGCCUGUGCCCAUUUACGGACGAAAGAAGUGUCACACCUCUGAGUUCUACCUGUUUCAGGUCUUCCCCGUGCUGCUGGCCCUCUGCAUCUCAUGGUUGCUGUGCUUCGUGCUCACAGAGACCGACACGCUCCCCUCGGCCCCCACAGCCUAUGGGUACCUAGCCCGCACUGACACCAAAGGGAACGUCCUGAGCCAGGCCCCUUGGUUUCGCUUCCCUUACCCAGGACAGUGGGGCUUCCCCACCAUCAGCCUGGCUGGGGUCUUUGGGAUCAUCGCCGGGGUGAUCUCCUCAAUGGUGGAAUCAGUAGGCGAUUAUUAUGCCUGUGCCCGGCUGGUGGGGGCCCCACCCCCUCCGAAGCAUGCCAUCAACCGUGGCAUUGGCAUUGAGGGCCUUGGCUGUCUGCUGGCAGGUGCCUGGGGGACAGGGAAUGGCACCACCUCCUACAGCGAGAAUGUUGGGGCGCUGGGUAUCACCAAGGUGGGGAGCAGGAUUGUGAUUGUCACCGCAGGCUUUGUGCUGCUCCUGAUGGGCGUAUUUGGGAAGAUUGGGGCUGCGUUUGCCACCAUCCCAACCCCCGUGAUCGGAGGCAUGUUCCUUGUGAUGUUCGGGGUCAUCACUGCCGUGGGGAUCUCCAGUCUGCAGUACGUGGACAUGAACUCAUCCAGGAACCUCUUUGUCUUUGGCUUCUCCAUCUACUGUGGGCUCGCCAUUCCCAACUGGGUGAACAAGAACCCCGGGAGGCUCCAGACAGGGAUUCUGCAACUGGACCAGGUCAUCCAGGUGCUGCUGACCACAGGCAUGUUUGUCGGUGGAUUUUUGGGCUUUCUACUGGAUAACACCAUCCCAGGAAGUCUGGAGGAGAGAGGCCUCCUGGCAUGGAAUGAAAUCCAGGAGUCAGAGGAGACUUCGAAGGUCUUGGAGAUCUACGGCCUCCCCUGUGGGAUUGGCACUAAGUUCUGCACUUCCUCCGGCUUCCAGUCCCUCCCCUUCUGGCCCAGACCAGAACGUGGUGGGAAAGGGGAGGUAGGAGUGAGCCAGCUCACACUCUGCUCCCAGGAUUCCUCAGGAGGGCACCUGAAGGGUGCCACAGAGACCAGGAUGUGA